AAAAAAGAAGAAGAAGAAACAGAAUUUAUGUCUGUCCGUCACGAAAAAAAAAAUAAAUUCUAGACGAUUGUUAAAUUUUGCGAUAAAAACGAAACAAAAUGAAUGUAAUUACUAGCAUUAAAUUAUACAUUGAAAAAAUGUGUACAGAAUCUGGACCGGGGAUGAAAACUAUGCUACUGGACAAGGAAACGACAAGUAUUAUUUCGAUGGCAUUUGCCCAGUCCGAUAUGUUGCAACGAGAGGUCUUCCUUUUUGAACGUAUCGAUUCGGGACGUUCAAAUGAACGUAUGAAAUAUCUGAAGUGCAUUGUAUUUAUACGUCCGACAAAACAGAAUAUACAAUUGCUGGCCCAAGAACUAAGAAGCCCCAAAUAUGGAUCGUAUUUUCUGUAUUUCAGCAACAUUAUACCACGAACGGACAUCAAAUAUCUGGCAGAAUGUGAUGAAAGCGAAUCGGUUAGAGAAGUCAAGGAACUGUAUGCCGAUUUCCUGGCAGUCAAUCCAAAUUUAUUUUCCCUAAACAUACCCAAGUGCAUGCAUCGCUUGAAUUGGUUACCUGAUGCACUAAGUCGUUCCGUUCAAGGCGUCAUAUCCGUUUUGCUUUCCCUGAAACUGAACCCAGUUAUACGUUAUCGUGGCGGUUCCGUCAUGGCCCAGGCUUUAGCCAAACAAAUUUAUGAACAAAUUACCAAAGAGUCAUCAUUAUUUGAUUUUCGUAAUCCAGAAAAUGGUGCAGCACCACCAUUGCUUUUAAUUUUGGAUCGACGUGAUGAUCCCGUCACACCAUUGCUUCAUCAAUGGACCUAUCAGGCCAUGGUCCACGAACUCUUGAAUAUACGCAACAAUCGUGUUGAUCUUUCUGGUGUGCAGGGCAUUCCCAAGGACUAUAAGGAGCUUGUUCUAUCCGGUGAUCAAGAUGAUUUCUAUGGCAGAAAUAUGUAUGCAAACUUCGGCGAAAUUGGUUCAACGAUUAAAAAUCUUAUGGAAGAAUUUCAACGCAAGGCCAAGGAUCAGAAGAAAGUGGAAAGUAUUGCAGAUAUGAAAAAUUUCAUAGAAACGUAUCCACAAUUUAAGAAAAUGUCCGGUACGGUCCAAAAGCAUUUGUGCAUAAUGGGUGAGCUGUCAUCGCUAACAACGAAACGUAAUCUCUUUGAGGUAUCCGAAUUGGAGCAGGAAAUUGCCUGCAAGGCCGAACAUUCCCAACAACUGCAACGUAUUAAGAAAAUCAUUUCCGAUGAACGUACUUCCCUGGAUGAUGUUGUCAAAUUGGUGGCUUUGUAUGCAUUGCGUUAUGAACGCCAUGCCAAUUGCGAUACUUCGGGGCUAUUGAAAAUGAUCAAAACACGCGGAGGCCAGACCCAUGUUAUACCCAGUCUCAUAGAAUAUGCCGGCACCCAUAUGCGUCAGGGUGAACUCUUUAAUUUGGUACGCAUAACCGAUGCUGUGAAACUAACCAGAAAUCUUAUAAAAGGUUUGAAGGGAGUUGAAAACGUUUUUACCCAGCACACUCCAUUGCUAAAGGAAACAUUGGAAGAUGUUUUCAAGGGCCGCGAUUUGGAUCCAAUGUAUCCAACAAUCAACUCCGAAUUGGUACCAUUCCGUAGACCACCCCAGGAAGUUGUAGUCUUUAUGAUUGGUGGUACCACAUAUGAAGAAGCUUUAGCUGUACACCAACUCAACAAUGCCGGUUACCGGGUCAUACUCGGCGGUACAUAUAUACACAAUUCGAAAAGUUUUAUUGACGAAGUUCUGGCAGCCACAGAAAAUAUACAAUUUAAACAUACCAAAUCUAUGUUGAGCUAUUAUCCCUCAACCGAGAACUAUUAAUGUGUAAGGUGUAGUUGUUUUGUUUUUCUUUAAAUUAAUUUAUAUAAAAUAUAUGCCUAAUAUUAAAAUAAACAAAAUUUAUAGAUUUAUUUGUAAACUAAAUUAGAUGUUAUAUAUAAUACUUACUUAUAUGUAAACACGCAAACAAAAACAAAAUAUUUAAAAAUACACGACAUAAAUAUUUUUAAUAUAA